AGGACGACGUUGGGAUGCUUGCGUGUCUGUGUGGUGCCAACCAGACAUACAGUGAAGUGGAGUGGCAGCAAUGUUGCCUGGUGUUGGUGUGUUUGGCACAGGGAGUACGGCACGGGUGCUAGUUCCUUUGCUGCGGGGGGAAGGGUUUGAGGUACACGCGCUCUGGGGGAGGAGCGAGGAGGAGGCAAGCUCCCUGGCGCAAGAGCUGGGCAUUCUGUUUCACACCAGCCAAUCGGACGAUGUCUUAUUGCACCCUGAUGUUGACCUGGUCUGCAUCUACAUCUCACCCCCACUCACACGGCAGAUUGCAGUCAAAGCCCUGGGGAUAGGUAAAAAUGUGGUAUGUGAGAAGGCUGCUACUGCUGUGGACGCGUUCAAGAUGGUGACUGCUGCGCAAUACUACCCCCAGUUGCUGAGCAUUGUGGGUAAUGCUCUGCGCUUCCUCCCAGCGUUCGUAGCAAUGCAGCAGUUGCUGGCAGAGGGAUACGUGGGUGAGCUGCAAGUGUGCGAUUCCCGUGUCUAUGGUCCCAGUCUGCUCGAUCAAUCAUACGGCUGGACCUGCGAGGAGCUGAUGGGGGGUGGCGGGCUCCACACGGUUGGCUCUUCCCUCGUGGACCUUCUGAGUCACCUGACGGGAGCACGGGCGGUGCGGGUGCACGGCCUUCUCCGGACGUUCGUGGGGCAGAAUGGAGCAAUCCACGGGAUCCGCUGCGUCACCAGCGAUGACUUCAGUUUCUUCCAGAUGCUGAUGGGAGGGUCUGCUUCUGGUAGAGGGGUAGGGACUGGGACUGGGUCAGGAGUGUGCUGCACUGUGACUCUGAACUUCAACAUGCCGGGGGCCUUUGUCCACGAGGUGAUGGUUGUUGGGUCAGCAGGGAGGCUGAUUGCCAGGGGGACAGAGCUGUAUGGGCAGCGCAAUGGAGGGAAAGAGGAAGAGCUGCUGCUAGGGGACAGCGGAGGGACGGGACAAGAGGUCAAGGAUGUCCCCCUGCCACACCUGCGGGGGCUAGGCUCCAUGGUUACGGCUCUAAAAGAUGCUUUCCAGGCACAGGAAGAGCGUCGGUUGUGGGCGCGGGGGCCGGUUGCUAUGGCGUCGACGUUUGAGGAUGGGCUGUAUGUGCAGACGGUGGUGGAGGCGGUGACACGGUCAAGCCGCAGCGGAGAGUGGGAAAGUGUGGAGGUCAUGACUCAGGAACCAGAUCCCAACCAAAACCUCUGUGAGGUGCUGCUGAUAAACAAGAACUGAGUACUCAUUUAUAUACACACACACACUAAUAUAAAUGACCUACAGACAGCCUCUAUGGCCUGUCCUGAGGAGACUGUCCCCUAUCAACCACUACCCUGUGUCUGGCGACCUCUUCCGUGCAUCAGGGCCACACUCAAAGCCACAGCAUCCUGCCCUGCAAGAAGCCACAGGCAGGCAGACUGGUGGGCACACCUUCUACUGGAUGUGAACUCUUCUUCUCAGCAGAGUUUUUGUGUGUGCGUUUUUACAUUUUCCAGACAAUCCAACCCUAGUUCACCUUACCAACACACAUUCCUAUCAAAUCAGUGAACACCUUGAAGGAGGAAGUGUUUAGUAUUCAUGCUACCGUUUCUCACAGUGCCUCACUACUUCUGCCGAUGAAAGAAAUGUUUGGAGUUGUUUACCUACAUGUCACAGAUGAAAUGUUGGGUUUUCUCUUACACAAAUGUGUAUUAUACACAUACAAAACAUACUAUUUAAAAGUAACUAACUUACUAACUCAUGAAUUUCAUAAAAAAAUCUAACUUUACAACUUCUUGUAGAGUUUACAAGAUGAUGCGUAUCAUCAUCAUCAGACUGCCAUCACAGCAGAGUUACUCAUAUGCAAUCCCCCUUGACUUUCCGUUAAUUAUUAUUUGAUGUGUAUAUUUGUAUUUUUUUAUUAAUUGAUUCUUGAUCCCAUUUUCCAUAUCAGCAUCUCUUGCAUUGAUAAAAUGCCACUACAACCCUGUGCUGUGUGCAAGCCUGUGAAUAGAAUGUGUCUGACCUAUAUGGUGGAAAGACUACUGUAUUUAUUUCAUUUUUACUUUUGCGUUUUUACUAAGAAAGACUGUUUUAUUGAAUUAGUAUGUGUUCAGCAAGUGGAAAUCUGUCUGAUAAGCUAUAAGAUGUUUGUUAAUGGUGUAAUAUUCAUAUGUGUAAACAUACUGAAUUAUAAUUGGAUGCAUUUUACCGCCGUAUCAUACUGUGCUAUGAUUGGUUAAGACCACCCAGAGGGUUAGGUCAUGGUCAGUUGAUCAUGGUUGGAGAUAAGUGAACAUGCAGUUGUAGCUAGCUAAUAAAGAGCUACGUUAAGAAAUAACAUGUAGUACUGCAUUUUAUUAUUUUGUACGAAGCGUACAAAACAAGACAAAUGGAUAUUUAUAUUUUGUUUUAAGUUAUUUCAGUUUUACUUGGUGUUAUCACUGUUACACAAAAUAACUGUGAUUUUAUUUUCAGGGGAGUGGACAGAGGCUGUGAAAACACCGUGCAAUCCUGUCAGCUCCCAAGUUAAUAUCUGACUAGUA